AUGAAGGGUACUAUCCCGUUCGAGUCACUACAUGAUGCACCAAAUGGGCCACCUGCGUCACAGUGGCGUCCCUGGGAGAUUAUCGUCCUGUCAGUCACCGGCCCGGUUUGCUUAAUGCUUCACGCCCCAAGCAGGGACGCCUUUUUAGGAAUGUUGAAACCGCUUCGGGGUUGUUUUGCGGCAGUGCAUAUGCAGCUACUCCUGGAUUCGCUGUUUUCGGAAAUGGAGGGAACACUCCUGGGCAGAAACUGGUCGAUUCGUCUUUCUUGCCCCCCCAAUGCUCCACACUGCUAUAAUACUACGAAUAAGCUCCUCUGGUCAUUGACCAAUCCUGUCGCCACCACCGCCAUUCUUUGA